UGGCUAAACUUUUUUGCUUUGACUUGAAAUAUGCGGGGAAGGCUGUAUUAUUGCCAAAGCCUAAGACUAGUGGAGAAGAAAGGAAACAAGAGGCCACGAUGACCAAUGCCUUCCGUCAAAAUCUGCCUUGUGCUUGUGUUUCUCUGCAUCUUCAGCUUCACCAGUUUAGCCGACCCAAUGUUCCUGUACCACUUCUGUUCCAACGUGACCGCUUUCACUGGAAACAGCGUCUACAUAAGCAACACCAAUAACCUCUUGACUUAUCUCUCCUCCAACGCCACCGGCCAUGACGGAUUCUACAAGACCACCGCGGGGCAGAACCCUAACAUGGUCUAUGGUCUCUUUCUCUGCCGUGGGGAUGUCCGCCCUAAAAUUUGCCAGGACUGCAUUAACCUUGCUGCUGCCGGCGUAACUCAACGUUGUCCUAACCAAACUUGGGCUAUAAUUUGGUAUGAUCAGUGUAUGCUACGUUACUCGAACGAGUCCAUCUUUUACUCCAUGGCUGAAAGUCCCAAAAAAAAUAUGCGGUAUAAUAGUGAUGUCACGGAACCAGGGCGCUUUAACCGGCUAGUGGCUGCUCUGAUGCAAGACAUAGCAACUCGGGCUUCAAAUGCUUCAAGGGGGGCUAAAAAGUUUGCGACAAAAGAGGAAAAGUUUAAGGCGUUGCAAACAAUUUACAGCCUAGCACAGUGCACACCGGACAUUUCCAGAGGGGAUUGCUACAGAUGCCUUCAGAAAGCUAUUGCAGAUUUGCCAAAUUGUUGCAGUGGAAAAAUAGGAGGAUUAGCUCUGUACCCUAGCUGUACCGUGCAAUACCAAGUUACCCCAUUCUAUGAUAGAAGUAACGAACCUAUAGCAGCUCCGCCCCCAGCGCCGCCUGUACCUCCUCUUGUACUUCCUCCACCACCACCAGGUAAAAGGGGGAUAUCAUCACAGAGAGUAAUCAAAAUUGUUGUUCCAACAGUUAGCCUCUUGGUUUUCUCCACUUUCUGUGUUCUAUGCUGGGAAGCAAGGAAGAAACUAAUCGUGCGAAAAAUGCAAUCUGGUAAAAGUGAAGCUAGGAAUAUGCAAUCUCUGCAAUUUGAUUUGAGUAUAGUUGAAGCUGCCACAGACAAGUUUGCUGAAGUUAACAAGAUUGGUGCGGGCGGAUUUGGCAGCGUCUAUAAGGGUACACUUCCUGAUGGACAAGAAAUAGCUGUCAAGAGGCUAUCAACAAGCUCUGGACAAGGUGAUGAAGAGUUCCAAAAUGAGGUUGUACUGGUAGCCAAACUGCAGCACCGGAAUCUUGUGAAGCUAUUUGGAUAUUGCCUAGACAAAAAGGAGAGGAUGCUCAUUUAUGAAUUUGUGCCCAACAAAAGCCUUGACUACUUUAUAUUUGAUCCUGAAAAACAAAGGCAAUUGGAUUGGUCCAAACGGUACAAAAUAAUUAAAGGGAUUGCUCGAGGGCUGUUAUACCUUCAUUCAGAUUCACACCUCAAAAUCAUACACCGUGAUCUUAAGGCUAGUAAUAUUUUAUUAGGAGAGGACAUGACGCCAAAAAUUUCUGAUUUUGGCAUGGCAAGAAUUGUUGGGGAAAAUAAAAGUGUAGAAUGUACCAAGAGAAUUGUCGGCACAUAUGGUUACAUGUCUCCGGAAUAUGCAAUGCAUGGCCGAUUCUCAGAGAAGUCUGAUGUAUUUAGUUUUGGUAUUUUGAUACUAGAAAUUAUAUGUGGCAAAAUGAAUACAAGCUUUUGUCACUCACAAUAUACUGAAAACCUUCUAACCUAUGUAUGGAGACAUUGGAAGAAUGGGACACCGAUAGAAUUGAUGGAUUCAACCUUACAAGAUUCUUAUGUGAGCAAUGAAGUUCUUAGGUGCAUUCAGAUCGGCCUGUUGUGCGUUCAAGAAGAUCCAAGUGCAAGGCCAACAAUGGCAAGAGUCGUUCUCAUGCUUAGCAGCCCUUCUAUUACUUUAUCAUCACCUCAAAAAACAGCAUUCUAUUUUGGCACCAUAACAGGAUGUAAGUUUUCGGAGCAGCAAUCUGAUCGAUCAGCCUCAGUGAACGAGGCAUCGAUUACUGAACUAUUCCCUCGAUAACCAAAGUGUGCGAAGCGAACUCUAGGAUAAUGCAUCAUGGACAUUGUGAUACUUAAACAUGUAUACGUGGUCGAAAUCUUUGAAAAAAAUUGAUAUUCAAAGUCUUGAUUUAUUUAAUUCGAUGAAUCUCGCGGAGUAAAAAUGGUUCUCUGCUCCGUUCACUCUGUUGUGUAUGUGUUGUUAGGUGAUGGUUGAUGUGUUGCCUUUUUGGUGGUAGAGGAUUCGUUUUUGGAAUAAAACUGGAGAGUAAAAAAGUACACUAGCAACAUUGUUCCCUUUA